AUGGAGCUCAUGAUCCGAGAUUCCUCGACACUCAGGGCCUUGGCUCCUCGCCUAGAGCCAGGCCAAGCUUCGGGCAAGCCAGAUGUCAGAACCUCUGCCAGCAGCCCUGGGGGGUCAGCCGCGAGCUUCAAAGGUGGUGCCCUGGCUGCCUCCUGCGGCACCCUCCGAGCCCUUACCCGAUCGCGGCCUCUGCGACGCCCUGGGCGCGCCGAGCGCGGCGUCGUGCGCAGGGCCCAGGGAUCUGCGCUGCUGCCGGAGCUGCCAAGACCCUCGGAGACCGCAGUGGUGUGGUUUCGUAGUGGAGAUCUUCGCGUGGAG